UGUUCUGUGCGGAGAUUCGGAAAAGCGUACCGCGUACCAUAAAGAGACCUUCAAAAUCCAAGCCUUUCCAAGGAAUUGCAUUCUUCUUUUGGAAUCUCCCAAUUUUUUUGUAGAUUUUGUUCAGGAUUUUGCUAUUUCCUCCAAAUUUCUCAGGAGAUUUUUAAAAAACAGCCCAAAAAGACCUCUAGUUUUUAGUCCUUUUUGCCAUUUGCGCCCCCUCCUUUUCAGUAUAAAUUGCUAUCGUCGGCCAACACCCCAUCAUAGCCCUUCGUUUUCACAGCCCCAUUUCGAAGAAUCUCAUCUUUUCUUCGUAACUCCCUUCGAUUCCGCACAGACCCAUCUCAGAUUUUUCAUGGAAGAGGCUAAGGUUCUGGAGUCCAAGGAUGGAGCCAUUGCUGUAGCUUCUGCAUUUCCGGGCCAUCAAGAAGCUGUGCAGGAUCGAGAUCACAAAUUUUUGUCAAGAGCUGUAGAAGAAGCUUACAAUGGGGUUGAUUGUGGAGAUGGAGGCCCUUUUGGAGCUGUUGUUGUUCAUAAUGAUGAAAUUCUUGUGAGUUGUCAUAACAUGGUUUUGAAGCACACAGAUCCAACAGCCCAUGCUGAGGUGACAGCUGUUAGAGAGGCAUGCAAGAAACUUGGAAGGAUUGAGCUCUCCGAUUGCGAAAUGUAUGCAUCUUGCGAGCCUUGUCCAAUGUGCUUUGGUGCAAUCCAUCUUUCUCGAAUUAAGAGGUUGGUGUACGGAGCCCAGGCAGAGGCGGCAAUAGCUAUUGGAUUCGAUGAUUUUAUAGCUGAUGCAUUGAGGGGCACUGGAUUCUACCAAAAGGCCCACUUGGAGAUCAAAAGAGCUGAUGGUAAUGGUGCCAUCAUCGCGGAACAAGUCUUUGAGAAGACCAAGGAGAAGUUUCGGAUGUAUUGAUUGACAAAUUCAAGGGCUGACAGGAAGGAAAGACCAUUCUCCAUGAAUUUCCUUUAUUAUUCUGUGGUGCCACUGAUUCUCCAUUCCAAAUAAGUGGUUUCAUUCUCAUCA